AUGGAUGGAGAAGAAGAUGAAAGCUACAGGAACGCGUCGCGUCACAACACGCGACGGCGUUUCGGAUUUAACGGCCCGGACAACCGCCAACGGGCCAGCACGUCGCCCGCGACGACCUUUUGGUCUUCGUCGUCGUCCGGAAUCUCCCAAAUGCUGCGUAAAGGAUUGGGAAGUGCUGUGGGAAGAGCUCUGCACAUCUCCAGCAGAGCCAAGUCAACCGCAUCGAGUAGCAAACUUGUCAGCGAACUUCCACCGCCACGGCUAGACUACAAGUCAAUAGCAGAAAAUGUCGACGCCAAGAUCCACAAUGCUCAGAUACGUGCAGCACCGAUCCCUCAAGAAGAUAUCCGCACAGUCUCCAAGCUCUACAACGAGGCGAAGGAAGUUUCCAAACAACUGAACUUCCAGCGUCACCAACAAUCCCAAAUCGGAGAACGCAUUCGUAAAGCUGCGAAUGAGGAAGAAAGGGCUAAAGCAAAGCAAGAAGCGGCUGCUCUGAAACAACAGGUUCACGAACUGCAGGCUUCAUUGCAGCAACUUGAGCAAACGUACCAGGCGUACGCUCUCCACAUCCCCAAUGAUACUCAUCCUCAAUCACCAGUCGGUCCUGAACCCUCUGCUGUUACCCUAGAGGUGUGCAGACCCAAUACCGAACCUGCGGAUCCCAAACGCGACCAUGUUGCAAUCGCCAAAGAACUCGACCUCCUCGACCUCGAAAGCGGAGCAACCGUGACCGGCUCUUCCUGGUACUUCCUCAAAAAUGAAGCAGCACUCCUCGAGAUGGCACUUUCCAACUACUCCAUGGCCGUGGCUAUUAAACACGGUUUCACACCUGUUACAACCCCAGACGUCGUUCGCUCGGACGUCGCAGUCCGGUGCGGGUUCCAACCUCGAGACCAAGCUGCAUCUCAUAUGUACCACCUCACGAAGAACCACGAGACGGCUCCUCAGCUUAUUCUUUCUGGAACCGCCGAGAUUCCGCUAGCGGGGAUGUUUGCGAACAAGGUUUACCAGCAGGCAGAGCUUCCGCUCAAGUACGUGGGGAUUGGGCACGCGUUCCGUCAAGAAGCUGGAGCACGUUCAGCGGAUACGCGUGGAUUGUACCGCGUACACCAGUUCACCAAGGUCGAGCUGUUUGCGGUAACAGAUGCUGAAGGAAGUGAAGAGAUGAUGGAAAAGAUGAAAGACAUUCAGAUCGAAAUUUUGAGAGACUUGAAUUUGUCGUUCCGGGUUCUGGACAUGCCGACAGAAGAACUCGGAGCAAGUGCAUAUCGAAAGUACGACAUAGAAGCUUGGAUGCCCGGCCGAGGAACCUGGGGAGAAGUCACCUCUCUAUCCAAUUGCACGGACUACCAGUCUAGACGCCUUCACAUCCGAUACCGACCCCAACUCAAGGACAAGGACGCGGGAGAUUCACGUCUUCCAUUCGCACAUACUCUCAAUGGCACGGGAGCAGCCAUCCCACGUUUGAUCGUAGCUUUAUUGGAAAACGGUGCUCGGUUUAGUGAAGACGGGAAGGUCGAGAAACUCCAGCUACCUUCAGUCCUGGAACCGUUCUGGCCUCCGAUGAUGAAGGAUAGAAUAUGCUGGCAAACUCGAGAAUAUUGA